AUUUAUGUUUGCAGUAUUUUCAUAACACAAGUGAAAGAAACAUUUCCCGAUAUAUCUGAGAAAGAAAUAGAGAAGCUAAGAGACAAAGACUUUGCAGGAUGGUACAAUAUGGGACAGAGACAUAUCCUGUUUGGUUUCAUGAGUUGAUCCAAGGCCCUAUCGCGCGGAUUACAACUGCACCAAUGUACUUCACUCGUGGAUAUGCUUUUCAUGUGAAAGCUCAUGGUCAAAAUCGGACAACAACAAACUUUGGUAUUUUAGUUAGUGGCGAAACAGAUUACUACGGAGUGCUGCAGGAAAUCAUAGAAGUACAAUAUCUUGGGUUGGUUAAUUUGAAGUGCAUAUUAUUCAAAUGUGAUUGGUACGAUCCUGUUAUCGGCCGCGGUGUGAGGAAAAACAAUCUCGGCGUUGUUGAUGUCAAUGCAUCUCGAAGGUAUCAAAGAUUUGAACCUUUCAUCCUUGCCGCUCAAGCACAACAAGUUAGUUUCAUUCCAUAUCCGAAGAUUCGGCAAACUGGGUUAUCAUGGUUAUCUGUCAUUCAAAUUUCACCUAGAGGACGUAUUGUUGGAGUCUCUGAUGAAGUACCAUUACAAAACACACAAGGAGAGAUCCAUGUUCCAGAACAUGCACUAGAAAGCAUCAUACUUAUUGAUCAGAACAAUCGAGAACUAGAAGAACCUGGUGAUUAUUCGGAAGUCGAAGAUGAAGUCUAUGAUGAGUUUGAUGAGGAUUCGGAAUCAUAUGAUAGUGGUUCUGAUGAUGAAGAUUGUGAGAAUUAAUAUGAUUGUAUCUUUCUAUUAUGAAUAAUAAAGUUUGAAUUUUUUU